CUCACCAAGGCGAUCAACAGAAUCAUGUCUUGGUAGAUCCAAAUUCUUGUUUGUGUCCGUUGUAUAAUGGAUGCUCUCAAGUUGCUAUCCCGAUCCACGGGCCUGAGAAACAGAAUCUCGAAUUCCACAAAACCUUCGCCUGCUGUCAACGAUGAAGGGACGACUUUGCAAGAUGCGAAGAACGCAUCCACAAAAAAGAGAAAGCGGGGAACGGAAGACUCAGUGGUCGACGAAGGUGUUGCGUCGGUAGACAUGUCAGAGGCAGAGAUCCGUCAACUUCAGAAGAGACACAACGUCAAAAUCGUGGACCUGAACAAGUUUCGAUCCAUCGCCGAUGCCGAAUCACGAAAAGCGCAAAAAGAGCACUCGAGACUAUUUCCGCAGCCAUUAGUAUCCUUCGGCCAAUUGCAAACUCGGCACAAAAUCAACUCAGCCUUCGUCCGGAACAUCUCGCAUCAAGGCUAUCGUGAACCAACAGAGGUCCAGAUCGCCACUCUACCCCUUCUCCUUCAGAAUUCGCUCUCGACCUCGGGGGAACCGGAUUUGCUGACUGUUGCGCCAACUGGAAGCGGCAAGACUUUGGCCUUUUUGAUCCCUACCAUUCAUAAGAUUUCUAGCCAACGAGCGGAAAUGGAUGCUGGGGUGAACAAGCACAUCAGUGCAAUCAUUCUUGCACCUACCAAAGAACUUGUGUCACAGAUCGUCAACGAGGGCCGGAAGCUAACCUUAAAAACCGGGAUCAGCAUCACGGCUAUGAGAAGAGGCAUGCGAUUAUUCGAAGACCAACAAACAUCAACACGACAUUCGUCUCACCAAACUGAGGACAAGGUGGAUGGGGAGAAUGAAAGCUCUUCUGAGGAAGAAACCUCAACAAAUCAGCCUCUUGUCAAAGCCGACAUAUUGGUGACGACGCCACUGAAUCUGGUCCAUGUCCUUUGUCCAUCCUGGGAACUUGAUCAAUCAAUCCCACCUCAUCCACUGCCGAACAUCGAGACACUUGUGUUCGACGAGGCCGAUGUCUUACUUGACCCCCUCUUCCGCUCUCAGACCCUUGCAAUUUGGGCUGCAUGCACCUCACCAACUCUUCGACUCAGUAUGUGGUCUGCUACCAUUGGCUCUAACAUCGAGGAAUUGGCCGUCCAGACAAUUUCGGAGAGACACAAGCGCCUCAAGAUUAAGAAGGAUCAGCGUCCACCUCUUCUCAGGACCAUCAUUGGACUCAAAGAUAUCAGCUUGCCGACAAUCUCCCACCGAUUGACCUAUACUGCGUCUGAAUCAGGAAAACUACUAGGCAUGCGCCAGUUGCUUCGACCAUCACGGUCAAAUGCGUCGAGAAACGGUGAGGACGACUCGAAGCCAGUCCGACCUCCAUUUCUCGUCUUCACUCAAACGAUCGAUCGAGCGCAAGCUCUAUACAAUGAACUUCAAUACGAUAUCCCCUCUGCCGCUGGCGGCUCUUCACGGAUAGCAGUCCUUCAUUCUGGACUUCCUGACCAUGCUCGGUCAGAAAUCAUGAAGAAGUUCAGGCUUGGGAGCGUGUGGAUUCUCAUUACAACAGAUCUUUUAGCUCGUGGGGUAGAUUUUCGAGGCGUGAAUGCAGUGAUCAACUACGACAUCCCUACCACGGUUGCGGGUUACGUGCAUCGCGCAGGGCGAACUGGACGAGCUGGACGAGAAGGCGGUGUUUGUAUCAGUUUCUACACUAAGGACGACAUCCAGUAUGUCAAAGGUAUCGCCAACGUGAUUUCAGCAAGCCAAAAGGCACGAUCAAAACUGGAGGAGGACGCUUCCACGGGUCUAAGCCAAGGGAGCUCCAAUCGGAGAGACGAUAUCAUUGACCCAUGGCUCCUGCGUGCGCUACCAAACGUGUCCAAAUCGGCUCGAAAAGACCUCAAGUUACAUGGAGUGCAAUCAAGGCGGGCUAUACGGGCGGAUGAUGAUGAGAAGACCAAGCGAUUGAAACGAAAGGCAAGGAUUGGUACCCAGAGUGGAUUUGAGAGACGAGAGAUCAAUCGAAAGCGCGGCGCAAUCGAAGGGAGUAGAAAACUCGGCAGGCAAGAUCAACAACAGAGUACUGAGGAUGAUUGGACUGGGUUCGAUUGAGUACUAGAC